AGCUUGAAGACAAAUAUGGCGACUCAAAUUAGCAAGAAGAGAAAGUUUGUAGCGGAGGGUGUGUUCUACGCUGAAUUGAAUGAGGUUCUGACUAGAGAGCUUGCAGAGGAUGGUUACUCUGGUGUUGAGGUUAGGGUUACUCCAAUGAGGACUGAGAUUAUCAUCAGAGCUACCCGUACUCAGAACGUUCUCGGUGAGAAGGGGAGGAGAAUUAGGGAAUUGACAUCACUUGUUCAGAAGAGGUUCAAGUUUCCUCAAGACAGUGUUGAGCUUUAUGCUGAAAAGGUUAACAACAGAGGUCUCUGUGCCAUUACUCAGGCUGAGUCUCUACGUUACAAAGUUCUCGGUGGUCUUGCUGUUCGUAGGUAUGACAUUUCUCUUGUAUAUUUUGAUUUAUAAAUAGUAAUUGAGCUA